AUGUUAAAAGACUUGGUAUUGAUAAAAUAUGAUAAAUCGAAAAGAACAAUGAUGGUGUCUAUACGUACAUUUCCUGCCACUCUUUUCUCUAAUACUUGGUACUUCGAGUAUAUUGAGUAUUCAAAGAACGCAUGUCCUUCGAACCCAUCAAACUUCCACGCGUCUCUUUGGAUAAGAUCAAACUUUCGAAUUCAAAAUUUCUUCCUUUUUGAAGCGUCAAAUCAAACAAUGCGACGGUCGAAGUAUAUCCUUUCUUGUGAUACUUCGAAUAAUUUAAUUUCCAUUGAUUCGCAAACGAACCUUUCGACAACGCUUGAUAAAAAGAAAUUCUUGCUAGCUUUUAUCUAUCGAAACCUUGAUAGGAAUUCCUUCAUAUUUUCUUUCGAACUUCUUUUCUUCCAAAAUGUACUAAUUUGUUUAAGAAAUCAUGUAAUCGAAAUUCCCAAUCAACAAUACCAUGAAUCAAUUUGUUUAAUGCUUUGUUUUUAA